CCCGGAAACGGAAGUGCCCCUUCAGGUAGCGCGACAGCAGCGGAGCAGUCGGGCUCGGUCCUGUGACACUUGUCGUCGCCUCUGACUCAAGGCUAACGUUAGCUCGGGUCGGGCCCGUGUGGCUUGGGUUGGUCGUGUGUUACCUUCCUCACUUGUACACAGUAAACAUUAUGGCGGCCGCGGAUUCCCGGUCCUCGAGUGACGGCGGGCCGGCCAGCAGAGGAGGAUUCCCGGCCGGGGAGAGCAGCAACGACCGCGACGGGCCGAGCGGCAGCGGCAGCGGAGAGGGCGAGCGGGACCGGGCCACCUUCGAGUGCAACAUUUGUUUGGAGACUGCCAGGGACGCUGUCAUCAGUAUGUGCGGCCACUUGUUCUGCUGGCCCUGUCUUCACCAGUGGCUGGAGACGCGGCCCAGCAGGCAGCAGUGUCCCGUCUGUAAAGCAGGAAUCAGCAGAGAGAAAGUCAUCCCGCUGUACGGCAGAGGGAGCUCCAGCCAAGAGGACCCCAGGUUGAAAACUCCACCUCGACCUCAGGGACAGAGAACAGAGCCAGAGAGCCGAGGCGGGAUGUUCCAGGGUUUUGGGGACACCGGCUUUCACAUGUCUUUCGGCAUCGGCGCGUUCCCCUUCGGCUUCUUCACCACAGUCUUCAACACCAACGACCCCUUUCACAGAGCAGACCAGUAUGCAGGUGAUCACCAAGGCAACGGUAACCUCAACAACGGCAAUAACAACUGGCAAGACUCCCUCUUCCUGUUCGUGGCCAUCUUCUUCUUCUUCUGGCUGCUGAGCGUGUGAUGGACGGACGGAUGGACGGAUGGAUGGAUGUGUGGAUGAAUGGAUGUGGAUCGAUGACCGGGAGGGAGGAACGCAAAAAAAAAAAAAAAAAAAGAUUAAAAAAAAAUAACUCUGUCACACUUUACUCAAGCCGCAGACACACACUCAUUUUACAUUUCCUAGCAGGUACUAACUUGGGAGAGAAAAACCAUGUCGGUCAUGUUCGAUUCCAAAACAAGAAAUACAGGAAUUUAGUUUUGUUCUCCCGGCUAAAGGCUGGCUCACUUUAGGACACUCGGCCCCCACACACCUGCUUCUUUGAUUUCGUUAGGCAAGAAAACACUGACCGGAAAGUUGCGUGAAUCCCAAGAUAAGUCACGUCAGCCCUCCCCCGUCUACACGCACCUGUAGAUAUAUGCACACAGAAAAGAACAAGGUGGACACUUAAAGCUUGAGGCGAUCAGAGACAGUAUUAAGUGAUCAGGGUGAUCUUCGUAAAGGAUCUUUGUUUUGUUUUAUGGCUUCAAGCUGCAGGAAACAGAGGGUGGGUGGAGGGAGAAUUCAGAGCAGUGACUAAAUAUGUUUUGGUUUUUCACAUUCCCUCUUGAAGGAGUCACUGAUUUAAUCUUAAUCUUUAAAUGGAGAGAUGGAGGGUCUAAGCGGGGGGUUAAAAACGAGAGAGGGACGGUGCGAGUUAAACAUAGCGGUUGGUAUAGCAACCAUUUCUUUCUCCAAAAGGCCAAAGAGUAGCGGAUCGCUCGUGUUAGACGUCGAGGGUGAAAGAUUAACUGAUUGAUGUUCCUGUUUACAGUUUUUUUUCUUUUUUGUUUGUUUUUUUUUCUCGUGAAAGGAACAAGUGCUCCUAGAAUUUUGCAACUUACUCUUGAAAACAGGCGGACAGAUUAAAAAAAAGCACAGAUGGAUGCAUUUUUUUAUAUAUAUACAUUUGUCUUAACAGAGAGAAAAACUGCCAUUGCACUGUGAAGUCAUUUGUAGACUGUCCUGAAGAUUGAUGUGUGUGUGUGUGUGUGUGUGUGUAUGAGUGUGUGUUAAAUCGCUUGUUACGUCUUUCCCCUCAAAGCUGUACAAAGUUGGAUGAGUGUACCGUUUAAAGGGCCAGUCUGGGAGAUAUUCGCAUCGAAACGAAUCUGAUGCGCGCAGUUUGUUGAUUACAGUGCAAACAGUCGAGAAGCUCUGGCGAAUCACGUGGCUUAAUGAGACUCAGCGCAACCUGACAGGAAGUAGAGUCGACGAAAGCAUCAGUUCAAUAAAGUUUCUGUCCCCUGUGGAUUUAUUAUUUUUUUUCCUGACUGUAUGAGUGUCCGAGUGUGUAAACAUAAUAUAUAUAUAUAUAUAUAUAUAUAUUUGUAUAUAUGAAUAUUGUAAAUGCUGUUUUUACAUGUUUUCUGAGUGGAUGACCAGCCAUGGAGAGCAAGGGAGGACGACAUGGCCUCCAGAUGCUUUUGUAAAGCGAGAUCUGGCUUCUGGGUUUUCAUAGAUUUCUUCCCUUUUUACUCAAGAAAAAAACGCUUGCAGCCCAAGUCGAAAAAUAACACUUCCGCCAGCCUCUGCCAUCAAUUUAAAUCGAUGAUAUGAAUGCUGAAUCAAGUUUUUCCUUCCCUGCGACAGGAAAUGUACGAGUUAGCUAAUCUUAUAACUGACACAGCCCAGUGAAAAACUCUAACUGUACAACUAUUUAUCUUAGCAAGUGACAACUGUGAAAAAAAGAGGCCUACAUUACCCACAAUGCAAUGUAACUGCUGCCCAGUGGUAUGCUAGUAGCAGCUAACAGUUAGCCUCAAUUAUGGCAGGCCACUGACGCCUGAUAAACACUUAUCUUUAACGCCACAUCCCCACACUUCCGUUCCUCUUCACAUUUUAAGUCUUAAGCACCAACCAACGAGGCAUUUUAUUUUAAAACUUAUUCUCACCAGGGUCAAAGGUGAAACUCGAGGUCCUCUGUGCGAAUGACAAGAUGGCUGCCGGGGCUCGUCAUUUUCCUGCAUACCUGUCUGUUCAAGCUACACUUUGUAUUUUAAAGGCUUAUGUGACAAGAGAACAAGUGAUCGAUGUCAUGAUCUGUGAGUCUUUUAACAGACUAAACCUGCAGAUGUCGUGUAAAAUGGUCUAGGAGAUUAAAACUGGAUUAAAAGAUUGA